AUGGAGGAAGAAGUAGUGAAGAUGGUGAUAAACAGUGUUCCUAAUUCCAAAUACUGUGUUACAGGAGCAACAGGGUAUAUUGGUUCAUGGCUUGUUGAAUCUCUUCUUCAAAGAGGUUGCACUGUGCAUGCUACAGUUAGAGAUCCAGAAAAGUCGUUACACCUCCUGUCAUUGUGGAAAGGGGGUGACCAACUAAAAAUUUUCCGUGCGGAUUUGCAAGAAGAAGGAAGUUUCGACGAGGCCGUAAAAGGAUGUGUUGGUGUGUUCCAUGUUGCAGCUUCAAUGCAAUUCAAUGUUAAUGACAAAGAAAAUACAGAGGCUUUUGUUCAAGAAAAUAUAAUUGACCCUGCAAUCAAAGGAACCAUAAAUCUUCUCAAGUCAUGCUUGAAAUCCAAUUCAGUGAAAAGGGUUGUUUUCACAUCUUCCAUAAGUACUAUUACUGCUAAAGACACCAACGGAAAGUUGAAAUCUGUUGUCGAUGAAUCUUGCCAAAUACAAACUGAUAUUCUGUGGAAUACACAAGCAAGUGGAUGGGUUUAUGCACUUUCAAAGCUUCUCACAGAAGAAGCGGCAUUUAAAUUCGCAAACGAGAACGGCAUUGAUCUUGUUUCAGUCAUAGCAACCACUGUUGCAGGCCCUUUCUUCACUGCUAAUGUUCCUGCAAGUGUUGAAGUUCUACUGUCACCACUAACAGGUGAAACUGAAAACUACAAGAUAUUAUCUGCGGUAAAUGCGCGAAUGGGAUCAAUUGCUUUAGUUCAUAUUGAAGAUAUAUGCAACGCUCAUAUAUUCUUAAUGGAACAUGCUGAUGCAGAAGGUAGGUACAUAUGCAGCACACAAAGUUGUACACUGUCUAACUUGGCAGCUCAACUUUCGAAAGAGUAUUCUAGUCCCUCUAUGCAAAGCAAAACUCAGAAAAGUUAUGACAAGGUUCCUUCGGAAAUUUCCUCGAAGAAGCUAAAAGAUUUGGGUUUUAGUUACAAGCAUAGCAUUGAAGAAAUAGUGCAUCAAACAAUCAUGUGUUGCUUAGAUUAUGGUUAUUUACCUUCUGUUUAG